AUGUUGGAAUUUGAGGAUCGUGCGUCAAAGCAGAAGAAAUGGGCACAAGCUGGCAAAGCAUUUAAGCUGUACGGUGCCGAAAUUAUGACACCAGAAGUCACAGAAAUUUUUCAAAAGGCUGCAGACAAAUUCAUCGAGAUAAGCACUGAUUAUCAGCAAGUUCGGCAAGAAAUUGACGGAGGAUUUCGUGUUCCAUUGCAUGAAUUUAAUCAGAAAGAUGUGAAAAAUCUCAAAGAAAACUUGAAGAAACUCGAUACAGCUAAGAAAUUACUGAAUAAUUCACGAAAUAAAUUGAAACGUAAGCCGGAUGAUCCUGAGCUGAAAAUAUCCGUUGACGUAGCCAAAGGUGUUCUGACUGAACAACUAAAAUCAGCAAGGGAAGCAGUGUCAGAAUUCCAGAAAGCCACAGCAUUCUUCCAAGAGAUCGCUUUGGCUUUUAUAUCGACGGAAAAGGAGAUCAAUGAGAAAGCGCAUCGAGCUAUUACGGAUAUCGUUUACUCCAAUAAAUCUACCGAUUAA